CAAAGCCAGGGUGGUCAUGCCACUCCACACCCCAGGGCUCUCUGCUGGAUGCGAUGCAGGCUCGUUGAGGCCGUCCCAGACUGCCGUGGGGGCCUGCCGAGGCCAGCCGCGAUUGCCUCCAGAUGCGACCUCUGCCCAACCAGCAGCCUUACCGGUGGGCUGCGUGCUGUUUCGAAGCGAUCGGCGCUUGGCCUCAGGAAUGGCGCUGCUCCGGCUGCUUCGGGACGGGCGUUGCCUCGGUGGGCCCCACAGCGCAGGGGCAGCUUCGGUCCACAGCUGAUGCCUUGAUCCCCCUGGUGGAGCCCAACAGUGUCUUGGUCUGCCCGCGGCCAGCAGUGCGCCCCAGAGCGCGGAUGCUGCUCUGGAGGGCCGGGGCGGCCUCGGCGGUGGCGGGUCUCCUCGCCGCGCUGCCGGGCGCGCGCGGCGGCGAGAGCGCGGGCGAGUGCCUGGACGUGGAGGAGCCCGGCUUUGACGGUGGGAAUCGACAGUGUUUUGGAUAUGACCCUGUCGGAAUGGUCUGCGGCUGGGACGGCGAUCCCAAGAGGGAAGCAUAUUGCGAGCUGGCCGAGAACGGCUUGAAGGUCACUGCAUCUCUAGCAACGAACAUACAUCGGGCGGGUUCAAUUUUGUAGGAUGGUUGAGAACGGAGCAGUUGUAGCGGCACGGGCGCGAGGCACUUAUGAUGGGAAAGAGGUCGGCGUGAUAUGACAUAGUGUACGUAUGCCGUUACGCCGAUAACGAAGAGCCCCUCUUCUGCAUUCACCAAGUAACCCUUCCAGGAAGCCAGCCCCGUUGCUGAGCUUGUCCGCACGUGCCCGAUGGGCCCGCGCGUGCCAUGCCUGCCCGACGUUUCUGUAUGAUCAUUUGCCCCGAAGCCGUCCCAUGUACUUCGUGGCAGUUUGUUCUGGAUUUCUUUUUCUCCCGCGCUCGGAACUUCCAACGUGGCGUGUGGAGGUCGGCUUGGAUGGAAGAUGUAGGAGAAAUGACACAACCACCACCAGCCGGCCACCUCCAGGACGAGGGGACGAGGAGUAGUAGGAGGAGUUGGAGGACGAGGAUGGG